GGGAAAACUUAGAGGAGUAGCAAGUGCUGUUUGGUCGGAUGGGGCUCGGGCGCCAAGAACAGUCGAGACCCGCUCCCCGCGUCCCGCAGAUGAGAGGGGAAGUGAAUGUAACUCAGUGAGGACGGCAUUAGACUUAAAAUCACUUCAGGCAAAGGCGACUGACUUCCCGGCGCGGGCGCUCCGAGCCGUUCCCGCCCCGCCCCGGCGCCCGUCACUGACUGGGUGCCCUCCCGGCCCGCGUUUCCGGGUGGGCCCUUCCGCCGGCCCCCGCGGCGAUGCCGUCACUCAGCUUCCUUCCCGGCCUGCCUCGCGCCCGGCCGGGCUGGGCCAGAGCAGCCCAAGAUGGCCGACUUCGAGGAUCGGGUGUCGGAUGAGGAGAAGGUACGCAUAGCUGCUAAAUUCAUCACUCAUGCACCUCCAGGGGAAUUUAAUGAAGUAUUCAAUGAUGUUCGGCUACUACUUAGUAAUGACAAUCUCCUCAGGGAAGGGGCAGCACAUGCAUUUGCCCAGUAUAACAUGGAUCAGUUCACACCUGUGAAGAUAGAAGGAUAUGAAGAUCAGGUCUUAAUUACAGAACACGGUGACUUGGGUAACAGCAGAUUUUUAGAUCCCAGAAACAAAAUUUCCUUUAAGUUUGAUCACUUACGGAAAGAAGCAAGUGACCCCCAGCCAGAGGAAGUAGAUGGAGGUCUGAAGUCUUGGAGAGAAUCCUGUGACAGCGCUUUAAGGGCCUAUGUGAAAGACCAUUAUUCCAGUGGCUUCUGUACUGUUUAUGCUAAAACUAUAGAUGGGCAACAGACCAUUAUUGCGUGUAUUGAAAGCCACCAGUUUCAGCCUAAAAAUUUCUGGAAUGGUCGUUGGAGAUCAGAAUGGAAGUUCACCAUCACACCACCUACAGCCCAGGUGGUUGGAGUACUUAAGAUUCAGGUACACUAUUAUGAAGAUGGCAAUGUUCAGUUGGUUAGUCAUAAAGAUGUACAGGAUUCAGUAACUGUUUCGAAUGAAGCACAAACUGCCAAGGAGUUUAUUAAAAUCAUAGAACAUGCAGAAAAUGAGUAUCAGACAGCAAUUAGUGAAAACUAUCAAACAAUGUCAGACACCACAUUCAAGGCCUUGCGCCGGCAGCUUCCAGUUACCCGCACCAAAAUCGACUGGAACAAGAUACUCAGCUACAAGAUUGGCAAAGAAAUGCAGAAUGCUUAAAGGCUUGAUCUAAGAUUCUUCAGUACAUGGAAAGAAAGGUUUCAAUGUAUGGUCAUAUGAUAAAUAAGUGAUUUAUAAACAAGAGUGAUAUUUUGCUAGGGCUUUCAAAGUUAACAGGUUUUCUAGCCUCAUGGAAUACUGUUGAACCUAUAGCAUUGUCUUGAUACUUUUAUGUUCUCUGACUUGUAAUUUUCUUUUUCACUAUAUCUACUUGUAAAAAUUUUUUUUUUUAAUUCUGCCACAUUUAAUGAUGGAGAGAAAGGUCUAUCCUGGAGUCAUUUUACUGUUUAGAAAAUUUUCCUAGCCAUAAAGCCCUGUUUCUGAUAUAGACAGGUAAUAUGUUCACUGCUUUUAUACCCCUGUCCUUCAGAGCACACCUGGUACUUCCAUGGUUUAUACUGAUCAUCAACAGCUAAAGAGGCUGUGCUACCAACUGUAGCCAAAUGGAAGACACAUCCAUCCUCUCCCUCAACUGCCUUGAUCAUCUCUUAGAGCAUUGCGUAACUGUAGUUUUCAAAAGUUUGGAUCGGGGCUUUUCAGGGCCUUUUGUUGGGCACAGGAAGUUUUCUGGAAAUUCCAUUAUAGCCAGCUUCUCCGGGGAAGUUGUUUUUAAAUCCAAAGACUUGAACCACAUUCCCUGCACAUGAACGUGUUUGCUUUUUUCCCUUCCUUAUUGUCUCCUUCCCGUCUAGUACCAUUGUAGUUGUAGAUAUCUGCAUUUUUAGCAGAGUUUUACCCAUUAUUGUUUUUUUAAUAUUCCAGAACUGCUGACAUACGAGGGAUGUAGUAGAGUAUCAGAGUUGAAAAAUGAAGAUGAAGAAAUAAUAGGUAUCUGUGCUUUAAUACAUGUGGCAGGAUUGUACUAUAGGCAAACAAAUCAAACAGCUCUGUAAAUCACAAACAAAACCUAAAAAUGAACCAAAGUGAAAAGGAUAACUUCCCGGCAGUAUCUUUCUAUUGUAGCCUGUUAUUUAAGGGAAUACUAGUGAUUUGUUCUAAAUAGGAUGUAAAACUUGUUCUACAUGACUUUUCCUCAGUCCUGCCUGCCAAGAACUUAAAUGUAACUGUGAUAUAGCAACCCUUCUAGGUUUAUGGGCAGGUAUAUGUGUGAUCUCAGAAUACACAGGUGACAUAGAUAUGAUAUGACAACUGAAAUGGUGGAUUCAUUUACAUUGUUUACACUUCUAUGACCAGGCCUUAAGGGAAGGUCAGUUUUUUAAAAACCAAGUAGUGUCUUCCUACCUAUCUGCAUAUACAUGUCAAAAAAGAAGGGUGUUUGUGCUUCAGCUUUGUUUUUGCUCAGUAAUACAGUCAAGCAAGAAUUUGUUUCCAAGUGACCUAUUGAGCUGUGUAAGCAUAUUUGUUUAUUUCAAAUAAAAUAUAUUUGUAUUAUUUGUCAUUCAUACUAUCCAUCCAUACCACACCAUCCUCUGUAUCAGGUAGUCCAAUAGAAAUAUACCUGUUUUGUUCUUAAA